AUGACUCAACUCGCUUAUGUCUAUAAUAUCGAGGGAGAUCCUAGGACGUACGACGAAAUGAUGAAAUCGCAGGACGUCGCUUUCUGGAAGGAAGCAAUAAAUGAUGAGAUGGAUUCCAUCAUGAGUAACAAUACAUGGAUCUUAGUAGAUCCACCUCCAAGUUGUAAACCUAUAGGUUGCAAAUGGAUCUUCAAAAAGAAGAUGAGAGUCGACGGGACAAUAGAUAAGUUCAAGGCUCGUCUAGUACCUCAAGGCUUUAGACAAAAAGAGGGAAUUGAUUUCUUUGAUACGUAUGCACUAGUAGCUAGAAUAGCUACAAUAAGAUUGUUGAUUGCUCUUGCAGCGAUAAACGUCGACAGUUUCCACCAAAUGGAUGUCAAAACGGCAUUCUUGAAUGGUGAUCUAGAAGGCAACGAGAAGGUUUUAUACUAUCAAGACAAGCACACAAGGUGUGCAAGUUUGAUGAUAACGGCCAUGGAGUUCAUCUUCUUCUUCACAAGUUUCCUGUUUUGGUGA